AUGAACGGACUUCUUGCGAUCUAUGAGGAAAUGCCACCGGUGACACGGGCCUACACGACGAUUUGUGUGCUGACGACAUUGGCUGUGCAAUUGGAUUUUGUCACGCCGUUCCAUUUGUAUUUCAAUUGGGAGCUGGUUGUGAAACAAUGGCAAAUUUGGCGAAUUUUCACCUCGUUUUGCUUUUUCGGCUCGUUUGGCUUCUCGUUUCUGUUCAAUAUGGUGUUCACUUAUCGAUAUUGUAUGAUGCUUGAAGAGGGCUCAUUUCGCGGACGACGCGCCGAUUUUGUGUUCAUGUUCAUUUUUGGCGCGACUUUGAUGGUGAUUUGCGGAAUUUUCGCCCAAAUGGUGUUUCUCGGCCAAGCGUUCACAAUUAUGCUCGUCUAUAUUUGGAGUCGCCGAAAUCCGCACAUCCAAUUGAAUUUCUUUGGCGUAUUGUCGUUCACCGCGCCGUAUUUGCCUUGGGUUCUUCUAUUGUUCUCGCUUUUGCUUGGGAAUAGCGCCGUCGUCGAUUUUAUGGGAAUCGCGUGUGGACAUAUUUAUUUCUUUUUGGAGGACGUUUUUCCGUACCAGGAGCACGGCAAGCGUUUGCUCGUCACCCCGCGAUGGCUUGUGUGGUUAUUUGAGGAGCGUCGACCGGAGCCGGUCGCCGAAGCCGACAGGCCGGGCGGCUAUGAAUGGGGUGCCGUCGGCGAGAAUAAUCAAUAA